ACAUCCAACUAAGAAAUAGAAAGAAGAGAGAGAAGAAAACAAGGAGAGAAUAUUUUGGUGACGUCCUAAAACUAAUCCCAAUUCCCAAAACAAAAUAAACUUGGUCCUUUCUCUUUCUCUCAUUUAUCUACUUUCAUCUCAACCGAAAAGAAAAAACUAAGAAACUGUUUAGAUCUAUCUAUCUAUCUUUCAUACACACACUUUCACCUUUCCUUCUGAAUUCUAAUUAAUUCUCAUACAUCACAACGCAAACACAAACCCUCAUCAUUUCAUUUUGAUGCGAUGAAAUUCUAGGUUUUUGAAUUUCAACGAUGGAUCUUGCAAUCGAUGAUGAUGAUGGCAGAGAGAUACGCAAAUCCUUGGAUUCCGUUUCUUGUUCAAUCUGCCUCGAGAUUGUUUCCGAUCACGGUGCUAGAUCCUCCGCUAAGCUUCAAUGCGGUCAUCAAUUUCAUCUCGAUUGCAUUGGCUCGGCUUUCAAUGUAAAAGGAGCAAUGCAAUGUCCUAAUUGUCGGAAGGUUGAGAAAGGUCAGUGGCUUUAUGGUACCGGCAGUCGAUCGUAUCCAGAGUUCAAUAUGGAUGAUUGGGCACGUGAGGAGGAAGCAUAUGAUAUUAGCUUUUCUGAAAUGUCCAUGGGAGUUCACUGGUGCCCCUUUGGUAACUUUACCCAACUUCCUUCUUCAUACGAAGAACGGGAAUUUGCAUCAACUGCGUACCAUGAUGCACUGGGACCACAUGCUAUGUUUUCUGAGCAUUCAGCUGUGUCUUCUGGUAAUCAUCCUUGUCCAUAUAUUGCUUAUGUUGGACCAGUACAUCCCUCCACCUCCAACUCUGGUGGAACUGUUUCAGAAGUUUCUAAUUUCAAUCACUGGAGUGGUCCACCUACACAUGGCGACAUGCCAACAUCCUACACAAUUCCGGCGGUGGUUUUUCAUUAUCACAGCUGGGAUCACCAUUCCUCCCAUUUCUCUUCUGGCAGCAGCCAUCUCGGUGCUGCAGAUCAGCCCUCAGUAUCACAAAGUAAUCAAAGGCCAGCCAGGGGUGGUUCAGAGGUCCCUAGAUCCGGAUCUUAUAUCCAUCCGUUCCCUGUUGGACACAGUUCUAUUGCUCGAGCCGGGAACUCUGCUGCAUCUUCCAUGAUUCCUCCUUAUCCAGGAAGCAGUGCUCGUGCCCGUGAUAGAGUCCAGGCACUUCAAGCAUACUAUCAACAACAGCAACCUCUGAAUUCUACCACAGUACGGGCAUCUGUUGCUUCAAGCGCUCGAAGAUCCAACGGUCAUAGUGGGUUGGCCUCAGCACCAGACCAAAGUGGUAGCUAUGUUUAUGUCCCAGGAGGACGCAAUUUUCAUGAAGAACCCCGUCUUCCAAAUCAAUUACAUGCAUGGGAAAGGGAUCACUUGCCUUCAUCGUCGUCAUUAAACCAAGUUGGUAGAGAAUCAAGUUGGAGAGCAUACCAUCAGACUGGCGGCAGGUCAGACCCAGGUUUCAUAUCUUCUAGCUAUCGAUUAAGGAGUGAUUCAGACAGAACACCUUCACAAAAUCGGUGAGACACUUGUUUAUACCAAACUACCAUUAUUAUGGUAAAUCAAAAUUUAUGUAUGCUUAAAAAAUGUUGCAUAAUGCUUUGGCCUGGCUGGUGUGUUAUCUUAGACUCUAUAUAUACUCUGGCUGGCCUUGGAAUUGAUCUUUCUGGCAGCUACGAGGCAUUGUGAAUCGUCUGGUUUGUUGCUUUGGAGGGCAUAAAAUAAGAUGAUAUCUAGUUGGGAUAUCAGGUUUUGUAAAGAAAUACUGAGGCAUUGUCCUCUCAAGUGAUCAAUCGAGUGGAUGUGCAGUAAUUGGAUU